AUGGCAUCAUCAUCCUCAAGCAACAGCGCAAACUACGACGUGCCAUGGGUCGAGAAGUACCGCCCCAGCAAGGUCGUCGACAUCGUCGGCAACGAAGACGCCGUUUCCAGACUCCAAGUCAUCGCUCGUGACGGCAACAUGCCCAACCUCAUUUUAUCAGGUCCUCCUGGAACUGGAAAAACCACCAGUAUACUUGCCCUUGCGCACGAGCUUCUCGGUCCCAAUUAUAGAGAAGCUGUUCUUGAACUAAAUGCAUCAGAUGAUAGAGGAAUAGAUGUCGUGAGGAACAAGAUCAAGAUGUUUGCUCAAAAGAAAGUAACACUUCCUCCGGGCCGACACAAAGUUGUUAUACUCGAUGAAGCUGACAGCAUGACAUCUGGAGCACAACAAGCUUUAAGAAGGACAAUGGAGAUAUAUUCUAAUUCUACUCGUUUCGCGCUUGCUUGCAAUACAUCGGCUAAGAUUAUUGAGCCGAUUCAGAGUAGGUGUGCAAUUGUGAGAUUUUCGCGACUAUCUGAUCAAGAGAUACUUGGUCGUCUCAUGGUUGUGGUUCAAGCUGAGAAGGUUCCUUAUGUUCCUGAAGGACUUGAGGCUAUCAUUUUCACUGCUGAUGGGGAUAUGAGGCAGGGAUUGAAUAACUUGCAAGCAACAUACAGCGGUUUCCAGUUUGUCAAUCAAGCAAAUGUUUUCAAGGUUUGUGACCAGCCACAUCCACUUCAUGUGAAGAAUAUGGUGCGCAAUGUAAUUGAAGGGAAUUUUGAUGAGGCUUGUUCAGGGCUCAAGCAAUUGUAUGACUUGGGAUAUUCCCCCACAGAUAUCAUCACCACACUUUUUCGUAUCAUAAAAAGUUAUGAUAUGGCAGAGUACUUGAAAUUAGAAUUCAUGAAGGAAACUGGAUUUGCUCAUAUGAGGAUUUGUGACGGAGUUGGUUCUUAUCUUCAGAUGUGUGGUCUACUGGCCAAGUUUUCUCUAGUUCGUGAAACUGCUAAAGCUCCGUGA